CUGAGAGCCUGGUCACACUGGAUAUGUACAGAAGCACGCCUACAUGAUCUAGAUACGGACAGUCGCUGACCAGGUAGCAGCUGUAGUCCCAAAGUGAAGAUGUUGUCAACGUUAUUCAUCAUCCCUACACUGCUUGUACUGUCAAGUGGUACACCUGACUCAUGGGUGCCCCCUGGCGAUCUUCCCGUAAACUUCACCGUCACGUUCUCAGCACCGGAAACGGUGUAUAACGUGUGCAAUCGUAAUUUUACCCAAAGUGCCAGGAAUUUUUCUGUUGACACCACUGGAGUCGUGGUAACUCCUGGGGAAACUGCGAACGCUCCAACCAUGACUAUUGCAGGCGCAUCGUCAGAUGAUAUGUUCUCCAUUUUGAUGAUAGACUCGGACGGGAAAGGAGAUGUCGGCUUGCCGAUCUUUCCUAUACUCCACAUGCUCAUCACAAACAUAACGAAUGCUGACCCAAGUACAGGAGCAGUCAUAGACCCGUACGGAGGACCCAUGCCUCCGCCCUGUAUCGCUGCCAGAACCUACCACUACCUCCUGUUCAAACAGACUUCCGCCUUGUCUCUGACCGUCGCUGAUCUCCCAACGUACACACCAAACUGCAGCUUUUCUGGCCUCGAGGGCCAGUGUAAUUUUGAAGUGGCAAACUUCAUGUCUACCAACAACCUGACCACAGUGGGUUACGUCACCAUGGUAGCGGGUGUAGAUGGGUAUUCCCGUUGGAGCUACGUUAAUAACCCAGCACUGGGGCGGAAUGAAGCAAGUGCUUGCCAGGGGCUUGAUGGGUAUGAUCCCUGUCCUACCGCGCCACCUAGCAGCAGCGGCAAGAAUGUCAUGGUGUCUAUGUCUGCUGUCAUGGCGUCCGCCUUGUGUCUGAUACUCAGCUUCACCUUUGUCCUUAACUAGAGUAAGCUAAGAGAGUAGCACUACCGACAUAGCGACAAGGCAGAUCUGUUAUAAGCUAUUUUGUGAAACUUGCAUAGUCAACUUUGCCGUACGUUCUGCAAACAAAUCGAAGGCAAAUUGUUAAGUAAAUUUUGUUUUGUUACUUCGAUAACAUUUGACGUGACACAGUUGUCAUAGAUGUAAAGUAACGUAGAGUUGAUUAAUUCAAGUCAAAAGAGACAUUUCUAUUUCUAGAAUUGGCUCUUAAUUUAAUGCGUCAAAUGAACUUGACGAAGCUCACUAUUGGGAAAUUCCAGACGCUGACACCAUUCGAGGCAGCCGCCGACCAUCAUCACUUCCCAUCGAUGUAUUUCUCCACAGAACAAUCCCAGCUGAGCCAAGAGACGGCACGCCAAAACCAUUAUCUGUUCCUCAUUAGUACUGGGACAUUUCAGAUGACGACACUAUUGAUGACCCCAUUACCUUCUACGUAUCAUUCU